ACACGUAGUGUUUUCCCGCGUAGCGCACAAGAAAAACUGUAAUCACACACCAUGAAGUUCUUCAUUGUUUUGUUUGCUGUUGUGGCAGUCGUCAGCGCCGGAUAUGAGCAAGUCUAUCACGCGCAUUUCAUCCCCCAGCAGCCCGCCAUUCCGCCUCCACAUCCGGGUCCCCUGCAUAUCAAGGGAAACGACCACGUCAAUAGAUUACAUUAUGAUGGUCCUCAUGUAUCACAUCCACAUCUCGUUGGCGUUGAGCAUUACGCCCCCGCUCCGGAACCUGAAAUCUCCAUCAUAAAGACUAAACACGGCUGGGAUUAAGGAUCCUGUAUGACGAUGCCUCUUAAUUAAACCCAUUGAUCUAGAGUGGUCUAUACUGGAAUGGCACUCAUCUCGAAUCUUAUUGAUCAAAAUAAUGACAGCAGACAACUUCGUCGACGAUAUAUAUAUAUAUUUGAUUUUUCGCAAAUCCAAAUAAUUUCAAUUGAAGACAAAUCAAAUUUUGAAACCUUUAGAAGAAACGAAAAAUCAUGGACCACUCACGGAUCGCAGACCAGGCAGCCAAACUUAAGAAUAAAACAAAUCCGUCUUGAUUUUACCUUUAGAACUACAUAUGACAUGCCUUACACAAAUAUACAUGGACACGAAUAUCCGCAUCUUUUUCUGUUCCUUCAUCUUUCCCAACACCGAAAUUCUCGUGCGGCAAUUGUGGUAUUGAAGAAGACAUCAUAACAUCAAAGAGAGCGUUUUCCCUUUCCCCCUCAUUUCUCGGAUCCCGUCCUAUUUUUCUUCACCGCACCAACACUUUUAUUUAUUUUCUAAUAAAAGUUAAUGUGUACGUCUUGUGAUAAAACAGAAA